UCUUGCAUUGCAUCGUCUCUUCUCUCUCUCGCUUUCUUCCUCGACGCUCCUCUAUAAUAAUAAUAACAGAGGCGGGAAGUGUUUAUUUCCGCGUGCGUCGCGUAGAAAGCGAAACCCUAGUUUCCGAAACGAACGAACGAAGAAGAAGAUGAGCGUAUGGAACUACGUCGUCACGGCUCAGAAACCCACCUCUGUCACUCACUCUUGCGUCGGAAACUUCACCAGUCCCCAGGAGCUGAAUCUCAUCGUCGCGAAAUGCACUCGAAUCGAGAUCCAUCUGCUUACUCCACAGGGACUUCAGGCUAUACUGGAUGUUCCUCUAUAUGGGAGAAUUGCUACUUUGGAAUUGUUCCGUCCCCAUGGUGAAACACAAGAUUUUUUGUUCAUUGCAACUGAGGGAUAUAAAUUCUGUGUUCUUCAAUGGGAUUCUGAUUCCUCCGAGCUUAUUACAAGGGCAAUGGGGGAUGUCUCUGAUCGUAUAGGCAGACAGACCGACAAUGGCCAAAUUGGUAUAAUUGAUCCCGAUUGCAGAUUCAUUGGUCUCCAUCUGUAUGACGGCUUGUUUAAGGUGGUUCCAUUUGACAAUAAAGGACAGCUCAAGGAAGCGUAUAACAUAAGGUUGGAGGAGUUGCAGGUCCUGGAUAUCAAGUUUCUGUACGGAUGCGCAAAGCCAACAAUCGCAGUACUUUAUCAGGACAACAAAGAUGCUCGUCAUGUAAAAACAUAUGAAGUUUCUCAGAAGGAGAAAGACUUUGUCGAAGGACCAUGGUCACAGAACAAUCUUGACAAUGGCGCUGACCUAUUGAUCCCUGUCCCUUCACCUCUGUGCGGGGUCCUUAUUAUUGGAGAAGAAACAAUUGUGUAUUGUAGUGCCAAUGCACUCAAAGCUAUACCAAUAAGAUCUUCCAUCACAAAGGCAUAUGGAAGAGUUGAUGUUGAUGGCUCUAGGUAUCUUCUUGGUGAUCACGCCGGACUGAUCCACCUCCUUGUUAUAACCCACGAGAAAGAAAAGGUCACUGGCCUCAAAAUUGAGCUUUUGGGUGAAACAUCGAUUGCAUCUACCAUCUCCUAUCUUGACAAUGCUGUCGUCUUUAUCGGUUCAAGCUAUGGAGAUUCACAGCUUAUAAAGUUAAACAUGCAGCCGGAUGCAAACGGUUCAUAUGUAGAAAUUAUAGAACAGUAUGUCAACUUGGGGCCUAUUGUCGACUUUUGUGUAGUUGACCUUGAGAGACAGGGGCAAGGUCAGGUUGUAACUUGCUCUGGAGCAUACAAGGAUGGUUCUCUUCGCAUAGUUCGUAAUGGGAUAGGAAUAAAUGAACAGGCGUCCGUGGAACUUCCAGGUAUCAAAGGAAUGUGGUCGCUGAAAUCUUCAAUUGAUGAAGCCUUUGAUACGUUCCUUGUAGUUAGUUUUAUCAGUGAAACUCGUAUCUUAGCCAUGAACAUAGAGGAUGAACUGGAAGACACAGAGAUUGAGGGUUUCUUGUCUCAAGUCCAGACUUUAUUUUGUCAUGAUGCUGUCUACAACCAACUUGUACAGAUAACUUCAAAUUCUGUGAGGCUAGUCAGUUCUACAACUAGACAAUUGCGGAAUAAAUGGGAUGCCCCAGCUGGAUUCACUGUUAAUGUUGCAACCGCAAACGCUAGCCAGGUUCUUUUGGCGACUGGAGGUGGGCAUUUGGUCUAUAUAGAAAUUGGAGAUGGGACAUUGACGGAAGUCAAACAUGCCCAGUUGGAGUACGAGGUGUCUUGUCUUGAUAUAAACCCCACUGGGGACAAUCCUAAUUACAGUCAGCUAGCUGCGGUGGGGAUGUGGACAGAUAUAAGUGUAAGGAUUUUUGUGCUGCCGGACUUGACUCUUAUCACUAAGGAGCAACUAGGAGGAGAGAUAAUUCCCCGAUCUGUUCUUCUUUGUGCAUUCGAAGGGAUAUCUUACUUGCUGUGUGCUCUUGGAGAUGGUCAUCUAUUAAACUUCCAGUUGGAUACACGUACUGGGGAGUUGAGAGAUCGGAAAAAAGUAUCGCUUGGAACUCAGCCUAUAACUCUGCGUACUUUUUCAUCUAAAAGUGCAACGCAUGUAUUUGCUGCAUCAGAUAGACCGUCUGUUAUAUAUAGCAACAACAAGAAGCUGAUAUACAGCAACGUGAAUCUGAAAGAAGUUAGUCACAUGUGCCCCUUCAACUCUGGUGCUUUUCCAGACAGCUUAGCGAUUGCUAGAGAAGGGGAACUUACUAUUGGUACCAUCGAUGAGAUUCAGAAGCUUCACAUACGCACUAUUCCCAUUGGAGAGCACGCUCGCCGUAUCUGCCAUCAGGAACAAACGCGAACAUUUGCUAUCUGCAGUUUGAGAAACCAACCGAGUGGAGAAGAAUCUGAGAUGCAUUUUGUCCGUCUGUUGGAUGACCGAGAUUUCGAAUUCUUGGCAACUUACCCUUUGGAUGCCUUUGAAUACGGUUGCUCCAUACUGAGCUGCUCUUUUACCGACGACAAAAACGUUUACUAUUGUGUCGGUACUUCAUAUGUUUUGCCUGAGGAAAAUGAACCAACCAAGGGAAGGAUACUUGUGUUUGUAGUUGAAGAAGGAAAGCUGCAGCUGGUAGCAGAGAAGGAAACUAAAGGAUCUGUUUAUUCUCUUAAUGCCUUCAAUGGAAAACUUCUAGCUGCUAUUAAUCAGAAAAUUCAGUUGUAUAAAUGGACGUUGCGGGAUGAUGGAACUCGGGAGCUCCAGUCUGAAUGUGGACACCACGGUCACAUACUAGCUCUUUACGUUCAGACCCGUGGAGACUUCAUCGUCGUUGGUGACCUCAUGAAAUCAAUCUCCCUAUUGAUCUACAAGCACGAGGAAGGUGCGAUAGAGGAGAUAGCUCGAGACUACAAUGCAAGCUGGAUGACGGCAGUUGGGAUACUGGAUGAUGACACCUACCUUGGUGCUGACAAUUGCUACAACCUAUUCACAGUAAAGAGGCACAGUGAAGCUGCUACAGAUGAAGAACGAUGCCGUAUGGAAGUGGUCGGUGAGUAUCACAUUGGGGAAUUUGUGAACAGAUUCCGCCAUGGAUCUCUGGUCAUGAGGCUGCCUGAUUCAGAAACUAGUCAGAUACCGACUAUGAUCUUUGGCACUGUCAACGGUGUGAUCGGAGUGAUGGCUUCGCUACCGCAAGAACAGUAUGCGUUUCUGGAGAAACUGCAGACGAGUAUGAGGAAAGUGAUUAAAGGAGUUGGCGGGUUGAGCCAUGAGCAGUGGAGAUCGUUCAAGAACGAGAAAAGAAGUGCAGAUGCGAGGAGUUUCUUGGAUGGGGAUUUGAUAGAAUCGUUCAUGGAUAUGAGCAGGAGGAAGAUGGAGGAGAUAUCUAAAGAAAUGGAUGUUCAAGUGGAAGAGUUGUGUAAGAGAGUUGAGGAACUCACUAGGCUUCACUGAGCAGAUCCAUAGCUUUUCUCUGUACUCUGUCCUCCUUGGUUUGUUUUUCAACUUUUUUUUUUUUUGGGGGGGGGGGUCUAAAGAGUUAUUCUCUGUGAAAACGUGAGAGUAGUUUCACAGAAGAAAGGCGAGAGUGCCGUUUUUGUUUUGGUUAUAGAAGACUUACAACUUGGUCUAUCCGAAUUGAAUUCAACCGGGAAAAUUUAUAUUCGUAUUUAACCGAUCUACACCAAAAAGUUUGAUCA